UUGAUUAUGGGACGUGACGUUGCACAGACGUCGCCAGGUCCAGAAACCUGCACAUUGCAGCAUACCUCCUAUGAAGUCAAUCUUGCUGAUCGCCGAUUCAAACUUUGGGAAGUUUCCUCGAUCGAAUCAAUGGGUUUUUUCCGAACCCUUUUCACAAAAUGGCGCUUGAAAAAGUCAUACAAGAAGUUGUAUAGAGAUGACGGAGUUUACCUUCUUUUAUAUUGCAUAAGAGGAUCGAGGGCCCAGAAAGCACUGAUCAGGGAUUAUAAAUUUUUCACUGACAUCGUUGGCUCUACAGCCACUGAGGCAGGUCGCGUGCCGGUUGCCGCCGUGGUCACUUCCUUGGAAGAUUAUCCUAAGGACAUGGAUGAAUGGUGGACGAAGAACAAGGCCAAUCUAGAAUAUCUCGGUAUGCGGUUCUCCGCACACGCUUGUAUCACUUCUCUCCCUGACGAUCCAACAUCCUCACAUGUAAUGCGCGCACCGCAAAGUACAAUAUUUGGUAUCCGGAGAGGUCCUGGAGACCUUGCGCCCUGCGAGGAGAUUGAUGACGGAGCUUUUCCCGACGCUGGAUUCUGGCACCUAUGUCAUUGCAGGCACGACAUGAAGGUUACGUACAACCUGCAAAGCAAACAUGAGAUGGGGCCAUCUUCAACUCGUAACAUUGUUAUCUUUGGAGAAACAGGAGCAGGCAAAAGCUCUGUCAUCAACCUGCUGGCUGGCCAACAGAUUGCGCACAUAUCGCCUGACUCUCACCGCUGUACUCUGCAUUGGAUGGAAUACCAAAUAACCCUCGAUAAUGAGACUCGGUACAAGGUGUUUGAUACGGUUGGCCUCGAAGAGCCCAGACUACAAACCGAAGAGUACCUCUCGGCAAUUUCAAAUGCAUAUAACCUCAUUAACACUUUGAAAGAACGUGGAGGUAUCAACCUCUUACUAUUCUGUAUACGUGGAGGUAGAGUCACGGCAACCAUGCAGAGCAACUAUCGGUUAUUCUUCGAAUUUCUCUGCGAGGAAAAAGUUCCGCUCGUGCUAGUCGUCACAAACCUGGAAAGAGAGAUAACGAUGGAAGACUGGUACACGCGACACAAAGGCUAUUUGGAGAAGUAUAACAUCAGGUCCGCGGGACACGCAUGCAUAACUGCUGGGAAUUUUCUGGACGGGAGGCAUAGAGAAAAGUAUGAGGAGUCGUAUGGAAUACUCCGUAGAGUGGUCGGGGCUCAUUGCAAUGCAUCCAUGGAAGGGUGGACCGGUGGGCGAGGAUGGCUUGCUUCGUUCAUUAGGAAGCUCGUGGAAUUUGUCGUUGGACGUCCCAAAAGGACGGAUAUCAUUGGGAUCCUCACAAAACGAUGUGGAAUGGCCAAGGAGGUUGCUCGACAGGUAGCGCAGCACAUUAAAGACGACUCACAGUCUCACAUAGUCACGUAG